CACAAGAGUUCAAGCAACAGCUCUGCGGAGGCUGUGUCGUCGAACCUCGAGAACAUCAGCAAAAUUAAUGUGCUCUAACCACACCAACCAUACAGCUUAUAACCAUACACACGCUAGGGUUAAUUCUAGAAGCAGGUUUGAGCUUUACAAUUUUAACACAAAUGAAGAUCAAGCCUUAAUAAACAAGAAACUACCCAAAGAACUUAUUUUAAGGAUUUUUUCAUUUCUAGAUGUAGUUUCCCUGUGUCGCUGUGCGCAGGUUUCAAAGCUUUGGAAUGUGUUGGCUUUGGACGGAAGCAACUGGCAACGGGUGAAUUUGUUUGACUUUCAAACAGACAUAGAGGAGACAGUAGUGCUGAACUUGUCGAGAAGAUGUGUAGGCUUUCUAAGAAGCUUGAGUUUGAGGGGAUGCAAGAGUGUAGGAGAUGGAGCGUUAAGAAUCUUUGCCCAGCAGUGUAAAAAUAUUGAAGAAUUAGUACUAGAUGGAUGUAAAAGAAUUUCAGAUAGCACCGCCAUUAGUCUAAGUAACUAUAGUGGACGACUCAAGCAUUUAGAUGUGUCUUCCUGUCAUCAAAUCACAGAUAACUCUCUUAGUGCUCUAAGUAAAGGCUGCACCAAGCUCCAGUACAUUAAUGUAUCAUGGUGUAAACAAGUCUCAUCUCAUGGUCUUACAUUUCUGGCACAAGGCUGUCACAACUUACUAGUAUUUGUAGCCAAAGGAUGUUCCUUGGUAGAAGAUGAAGGGAUAUAUCAUCUAACAAAACAUUGCACCAAACUUCACACAAUCAACUUACACAGCUGUGAGAAUAUAAAAGAUAAUGCUGUAAAGGCAAUUGGUGAACAUUGUUGGGAGAUUUCGUUUCUGUGUGUAUCUGGCUGUAUACAGCUGACAGAUGUGGCGCUUCAGCAUCUGGGAAGUAACAGCCAUAGGCUGAGAACUUUAGAAGCUGCACAGUGUUCACAGUUUACAGAUGCAGGUUUUCAAGCACUUUGUAGGGGUUGUCAUAAUCUUCAACGCAUGGACUUAGAAGAGUGUGUUUUGAUCACAGACUCGACUUUGACUCACUUAUCACUCUGGUGUUCUGGUUUAGAAAAACUUAGCCUUUCCCAUUGCGAGCUUAUAACAGACGAGGGCAUUAGACAAUUAGGUGGCAGUCCCUGUGCUGUAGAUCACAUUGAGGUCCUGGAAUUGGAUAACUGCCCCCUUAUCACAGACAAUGCCCUGGACUAUUUAAUAAACUGCCACGAACUGAAGAGAAUAGAACUUUACGAUUGCCAGUUGAUCACCAGAGCGGGAAUAAGAAAACUUAAGGCGCAUCUACCGGACUUAAAGGUUCACGCAUACUUCGCCCCUGUCACCCCUCCCCCGAGUGUUGGUGGUGGACGACAGAGAAUGUGUCGAUGCUGUGUGGUAUUAUAGUAUAAUUUCUUAACGUCCUGUAGCUUUCGCUACAUACAGUAUCAAUCAUGUCCUCGUACUUAACCUAAUUUGCCUUUUAAAAGUUGUUUUGGUUUGAGUUUCUGUAUGUAGGGUCCAUGGUUCCUCUGCUGCCUUGUCUUUCUUUUGUUUGGUCUUUAACUCUUUCUUAUUUUCUUCCUCCAUCUUUCUUUCCUUUUUGUAUCCCUUUCUUUCCUCAUUUCUUGCCUUUUUUCUUCCUGGUACAUUCUUCUUUCCCCAGUUCACUCUCCUCCUUCUCCUCCUGGCAUCUGCUUCUCUCCUAUCUUCCGUCCCCUUCUUUGCUUCUCUUUCUUUCCCCCUUGUACCCGUCUCCCCUCUUUUUUACCCCGAUAUCUCCCUCUUGUUUUCCACUUUCCUUCCUAUUCUAAAGUUAGGUUCUUAUUUGAGUGUUGUUAGUCGAUAGUCUUGCAUUAGAGGAAAAAAAAAGAAAGAAAAGUGAUUUAAAUGUACCCAUUAACCAGAGGCACGAAGCCUAAAUUCAAUGACGGGUUAUGGUUAACGUGCGUAGAGAUUGUAUUUGCUAGAAGUAUUUUAAAUCCAGCGAAAGGAAAAUUUCCACUAACAGAAUUUUAAUGCAAUUAACCGUUUCAUUUUCAAGCCAUUUUAAAUAUUGCCAGAGCAAAUGUAAAUAUAGCGGUCUUCAUAGGCGCUUUAAGUAAUUGCUGAAUUAAUCAAUCGCAGGAAUCGAUUUUUCUCCAAUGUGGUGGUGAUUUUAAGGCAAUUUUGUUUAUAUUGUUAAUAUAAAAGGGCCAUUUUAAUAAUUACUGUAUAUAAAACCGAACGGUCUUCGUAAUGAUCUAAUUUAUUUAAUUCUUAACUUGCCGAACUCGCCACGGGCUUCUGGGCCCGAUGCUGGAUCGCUGUGUAGAUAAUCUUUUCCUCUGAUCUUGUAGUUUUUGUUGUUAUAGUUGUGGCUGUUGCUGUUUUGUUUUAUGACGAAAAAAAAAAUGCCAUCGUUAAAGAAAAUGGUUUGGUUGGGUAACUGCUUUUCUUUUGAUCCCUUCGUCGGCAAACUCAUUCUCCUGGUAUUCUCGACCUUUUUUCCGUUUGCCUCGACAUACCAACCUAGGAAGGCCCUACGAUAAUUGUAUUCCUCGAUGUAAAGUUCUGAAGUCAUGCCUUUCUUGGUGUUGAAAUAGGUUUAAUUUCCAUUUACUUAUUAUUCUUGUUGCCUAUACUACCUUCACGUAUUACGCAACGUGGUGAUCGUAACACAACAGUAAUUCUUAUAGGACUGCGUGUGGAAAUCGAUUUGUAACGGCCCAGUUAGUUCAUAACAGACUGGCUUGCAAGGAAAUAUCAUUGUGUAACGGCCCAGUUAGUUAAUAACAGACUGAAAAGUUGACUGGCAUUUAAUUGCUCUGUAGUGAAGGAUUACGCUAUAUUGCGCGACGAAGUUGUAUCUGAUUUUAGGAACAAAAAGCUGUUUGGAAAUUACAUCUCUUUAAGUUUUCUUGAAUUUCAACUUUACGCGGAUGAUGGUCUGUGACCCUUAUCAGCCCCAAUCCCCUGCCGGUCAGGAAGGGUCUAGUGUCACCAUAGCUUAAACAGAUAUGUUCAGAGCUUUUAAAGCCAGUUCAGCGAGGUUUUUACAUACCUAUUCGUGCAACUGUAUGGCUUAACCCCUCUAGUCUCAGAAGAGACCCGUAGGCAACUUCUCCUGACCACAUUUUACCUAAGAGAAGAACUUCAAACAAAUGAACUCCUGCAGGAUGUAAUAUGAAAUUCUCAGAACGUAACCAACAAGGAGAAUCAGCUUUCUGAUCUCGGAGGUGGAGGGGUUAAUUACUUCAUACCGUUUGCUCUGAUGAUAGUGACUUUUUAAACAGUGUUCAUGCUUGACAUUAUGGUACAGAGUUUAUUUCUUGGCUCACCGUGAAGUUUUUGCUUUUAAUCGUGAUCGGAAAUAGGGGAAUAAACUGAUAAAAAUAAAAAUAAGGUAAAACUACAA